AUGUGUUGGACUGGAGUCAGGUCAGGCUCCAGCAGGAUGGGCACGUUCGUGACCCUGGCAGAAGUGUUGGAGGCCCGAGGGUCACCGCUGGAUGAGGAGGAGGUCUGGAGUCUCCUGUUUGCCACCACUGAGGCUUUAAUGGACAUCUCUGAAAAAGGUUCAUGUAACAUGCGCAGCGUGCUGAGCCCUGGCUCCGUGCUGCUGUCAGCUGACGGGAGCCUGGCCUUCAAAAGCUGCGCUCGAUGUGAAGAUGUGGCCUCCUUCACAGCUCCAGAGGUCCGGAAGGGUCACCCUGCUGCCACGAGGAGUGCCGCUGAAAAGAUGGUUGUUUACUCACUGGGGAUGACUCUUUAUUGGUGCGCGGAUUAUCACCUACCUCAGAACCAGCCAGUGGAGCUGGGUGCAGAGCUGGAGGGUCUGCUGCUCAGCAUGUGCGAGGACGUGGCGGCGAGGAGGGCCGACCUGCUGACGGUGCUGGAGACCUGCGAGCUUCGCCACAAGGCUGCCGUGCUGCCUCCUGCUGAGCGCCUGGUCAGACAGCUGGUGGAGGAGGUCUACAGAACGACGGUUGAUCACAUGUGGAUGACUGAGAACUGGUCCAAGCUCACAGACCGCAGCCAAAUGGUCAGGGACAGGUUACACAGCAGUAGCUCAUGGACACUGAAGAAGAAGAUUUCUAGAACAUUUUCUGGAACUUCUUAUCCAUCUGAGCCCCUGGGGAUCCCCUCGGGAAAUCGACACAGAGACAGUUACGGCAGCUGGCAGCAGCUGAGCCAAAGCCCCUGUAGUUCGUACACCUCUGGCAACCGAAAUACCAGCUCAAGGCUAAAUGACAAUAAAGUGAAGGUACCCACUUUAAAUGAUAUAACAAUGUCAUCAUUAAUUGAACCAAAUUAUUCAUUUGCUGUGUCAUUUCAGGAAAAGGGUCCUGAGUUUAUUAGAAUGUUGGAUGAGCCACAGAUUGUCCUGGAGCUGCCUGGAUCUAUUGUGUCAAAGAAAGGAAAAUGUCCCACCACACAGAGGGAGGUGAGUGUGGUGAUGCCAAACGGUCAGCGCAUCCUGGUCAAGUGUGACGUGAAGUCCAGAGGAAGAGACCUCUUCGACAUGAUUGUGGCUCACUCCAACCUCGCGGAGCAUUUCUACUUUGGCCUUGCCUAUAUUGAUGAUAAUGAGUUUUUCUUUGUGGAUAACAACACCAAAAUUUACAAAGUCGCACCAGACAGCUGGAAGAAAGUGCCUACAGCCGCCUUUGUCCUUUUCUUCAGGGUCAAAUUCUUCGUCAAUGACAUUUCUAUUCUUUUGCACAAACAGACCCGUCACCAGUAUUACCUCCAGCUCAGGAGAGACCUUUUGGACGACAGGCUCUCCUGCCACGAGGAGACGGCUCUGUACCUGGGAGCGCUGGCCCUGCAGACGGAGUAUGGAGACUGCAUGUCUGAGGCUUAUGGUAGGAACUACUACCGCCCCGACCAGUACGUCUCCAAGAGUGUGAUGGAGAAACGUGCCUUGCCUUACAUUCAGGCGGAACUGCUGCGACUUCACAUGAGCAAUGCCCAGAUGCUCCAUGAGGAGUCAGAGCUCGAGUUUCUCAAGGUGUGUCAGCAGUUGCCUGAAUACGGCGUCUUCUUCCACCGUGCGGUGCGUGAGAGGAAGCCUUCGGAGGGAGGGAUAAUCCUUGGAGUCUGUGCCAAAGGAGUCAUCAUCUAUGAGAUCAAAGAUGGCCACAGAUCCACCAGUCAGAGUUUCUACUGGAGAGAAACUGCAGCCAUCUCCUCUCAUAGGUGUAAGUUUGUCAUAGAAAGUCGGGGCAGCAAGAAGAACACUUUCAUCACAGAAACGUCGAAGAUAGCCAAAUACCUGUGUGACCUGUCUUCAGCCCAGCAUAAGUUCAACAAUGAGAUGAACUCACGCCAGCUCAGCCACAGCCUGGCCUCAGAUGACAACAUUGUGCAGUAUGCAGCGGUGUGUCGGGCCCAGGCCGCUCGACCCAAGUCCUUCUCGUGUUCAGAGACGCCUCAGGACGACAGCGGUCUGACCACUCCUCAGGAUGAGUCGCUGAGCAAGCUGUGUGAUGACGUCGCAGCCAGGAUCGAGGCCCGCAUCAAGCAGCAGCGCUUCAACGAGACCAGCACCUACUACAGUCGGUGCAGCAGCGCUGGCAUGCGCUCCCCAGUGCUCUCUCAGAGGAGUGGAUCAGAUGCACCUUCUGGUUCUCCAGCACCCAGAGAAACCCCACGCAAACUGGGCUCGUCGUCCGAGAGAGAAGUCAUAUGUGUUUCUUUAAAGAAGGACCCAAAGCUUGGUCUGGGUAUAGUGAUCAUAGGAGAGGACACAGUUGGCUGUUUCGACUUGGGCAUCUUUAUUGUAUCCAUAGUACCCGGGGGACCAGCUGACAAAGAUGGACGCAUCCGAGCAGGUGGUCGUCUGAUUUCUCUGAACCACAUCAGUCUAGAAGGAGUCACGUUCAACGAGGCGGCAGAGGUCAUGCAGAGCAGCCCGGAUGAGGUGCAGCUAAUAGUCUCGCAGCCCAAAGCACCUGUCAGUCCCAACAGUGUGGGCUCCUCAGCAUUAAGGAAUUAUGAAUCCCGGACCACGCUGGUGGCUGACGGCAGCCGUUCAGGAGACGAGAGCCUGGAUGAGAUUGUUUCAGUCAUGAUGACGCCAAAAAACAGCAACAGGCUGCAUGUUCCGCGCAAAGUACGAGCUCUCAGUUCACAGGACAGCUGCUCUCUGUCACCCUCUGUCAGCGGAGCAAGGAUGGAGGACAUCACCGUGGAGCUCAGGAAGAUGGCAGGAAUUCUGGGAAUUAGCAUUUGUGGAGGAAUCAACACCAACCUUCGCAAUGGAGGAAUCUACAUUAAGAGCCUUGUUCCUGGAGGAGCUGCAGAAAGAGAUGGACGCAUACAUACAGGUGACAGACUGUUGGAGGUGGAUGGUGUCAACUUCCAGGGCUUUACCUACGAGCAGGCUGUGGAGCGUUUGAGUAACACCGGGGAGGUGGUGACUGUGGUGGUGGAGAGGGAGCUGAUGAACCUCCCCAGGGUGUCUCUGAAUGCAGACAGCAGCAGCAGCGUGUCCAGUGGGAGCUUCAGUCCAGACGCCGGCCAGCUGAGGUGCAACAGCUGCUCGUCCAUCAGCACUGUUUCACACACGGCCGCUGACCGGAAUUAUAGUUUUGUUAGUAGAGAUAACACCCAGAAUGUGACUCUGACAAAGAGUGUCAAAGGUCUAGGCUUCAGCUUCCUCAUGUGCGAGCUGGAUCCGCCCACCAAGGAUUUCGGCAGCUUGAUCCGGAUAAAGCAGCUUUUCCCCGACCAGCCGGCUCAGCAGAGCGGGAGGAUCCAGGAGGGAGAUGUUCUGCUGGCCAUCAACGGCCAGUCUCUCAAGGACCUGUCUUAUCCAAAUGUUGUGAAGCUGUUCAAGUCUUCUCCCCCUGAAGUUCGACUCACUCUCUGUCGACCUCCCCCUGGGAUUCUUCCCUCCAUGGAUCAGUUCACUGGCACGUGACCGCCAGCAGAUGUUUAGCAACGACACUACACUUUCUGAUUAACUAUGAAGUGGCCUCUAAACCAGUUGGGAUCACUACGCAGGAGCACCAAGUUCAAUGGACUCCAACGCUGCAGAGAUGAUGUGACACCAGUUUAACAGGACGUGUGAUAAACCACGUACUGAAGAACCAGAGGUGGGGCACGUGGACCAGUGGUUCCAGUUUGAAUGUGGCCUACAGAGGUUUGUGGAACCAUCAAGAUUUGUAAGAUAAAAAUAACUGGACAAUUAGAGAAAAUGAUGACUUAAAUAAAGAUUUUUUAUAUAUCUGUAUAAAAUAUUUUAAUUCUUUCUACGUAGAAUUAUGCAAAACCAAAUCACAAUUUCAUUCAAGACACUAAUAAAAAAGCCAAAUAAAAGCCA